ACCUGGGUUUUCACAUAGAAUUAUCUUCCGAAAGUCCUAAUGCUCUAAUAUUCGGGCAAAAUCAGCUCAUGAGUGGGUAUGAUAUUUUCUAUCAAUGGGCAAGUUACCUUACAACAAUUAAGAAUGAAGGUGGACAGGCAGGGAAAGUAGCUAAGCAUAUAGGACGCAAAAUUAUAUCAGAAGAAAUUAGACCAUUAGGAGACCGUGUAAAGCGUAUCCACACAGAUGGAUUUAUCAUUUCGGGUAAAGCUACAGAUCAGUUGCUUGGAAGAAGAUAUGAAGGUGGGCAGAGAGAUCUAAAAAUAGUUAAUUCAGGUAAUGUUUCAAUAAAGAAUGUGAUGCGACUAGAAUCUCCUGAAACUAUUGCAAGUGGUGUUGAAGUUCCUGAACUAGAUUUGUGUUCUAUAUGCAAUGAAGAAAUUUUUUUGCACAUACUUAAAAAGUCAUUCACUGUAUUAACGUGUGGUCAUACUGUGCACCGUCUUUGUCUUGAGAACCUUAGAGAAACUAUGUUUACAUGUCCUGUCAAUAAUUGUAGUGCGGAAAUCGAAAUCAUUGAAAAGUCACCACUAAUGUGGGCUCCAUUACAAAGAAGUAUGAGCAUAGAUGAAGGAUCACAAGAUCUGUUAAUAUUUGGUAAAAAUUCUUUAGUGAAUCUAGAUACAAUCGUAGAAGAGAACUCCGAAAAUAAUUCACAAAACAAAGAACCUGGCAUACCUGACUUCACUACAAGUAAUUUACCAUCUAAACGUGUUGGUGAAGCUACCUCUGCUAAAUCGUCAAAUAAAAAAAAGAAAUCUGCAAAUAGAGAAGAUUUUCCCGUAUUGAAAAGACUUAUUCAGAAACUGUCAACUAACGAUCUCAGAAAAACAGUAACUUCGCAAUUUGAAUCUACUUCUGAAACAAAUAUCGACUCAGUUAAUUUUCUUGAUCUAUAUAAUAAAAUUAUAACUUCUGAAGAUAUUAAUGAAAAAGUGUCUCAAGAU